AUGAGUAUUCUGGUACUACUGUACACAGUAUCUUUACUAGAUCUGUGUUACUGUAGAGAACCAAGUAGUCUCCGCAAGGAAGUUGUAAACACCACCUUUGACCUCUCUUCUCCAAAUCCUUCCCUGGCUAGAGACUAUGAAAGUGCAGUGGAUGGAGUAACCUAUUACUCCUACUUUCCCAAGGGAGUAUGGUUCAACAAGGUUGUAGAUGCUAGAGUCACCAUCUGGGAAGCUGAAGGAGAAGAGAGAUGUACAAUACCAUUCCUAAGUGUUGAAGGUGACAAGAGCAGGCUCGUUCUUCAUGUUUGGCCUAAUAGCGUAGAAUCCAAGAUGUUGUACUAUGAGAAGGUAUAUGGAGAAUGGAAGAUUGCAAGUGUAAGAUUUAAGGGUCUUCCAGAGUCAGAGAAAGUUGUAUCUCAAGAUGACGAUGAGAUAGGAGACCUUGAUGAGGCAUUACCAGAGACCAAAGUAGAAGAACAUGAGACUCCAGAAGUUUCUAUAGAGGAUUCCAAGCCAGAAAAGGAAUCCGAGGUUCUAGAAGAGCCCACUAUAGAACCAAAAGUAUUUACCCAUGAAGAUAUUGUAGUUGAGGGGAUACUGAAAGUUUAUGAAUUUUCACCCAGUACUGAGACAUCAAAAGAGGUUUCCAUCGCAGAAGAUUCACAUACUGAGGUCCCCGAAGAAGCUAAAGACAGCCCUAAAACUAGUGCAGAUCCCUUUCGACUACCAUCAACAUUUCCUGACCCUGAAGAUGUAGGCCCCUUGGUCUCAAAGGUCAACACAUCUCGCUUUAACGUAGAAGAGGGAGAGGAAGACUGUGUCAAGGUUCUUAAACUAAAGGCUAAGGGUCGUUUGACAAGGAAGGUAAGGUAUGAUGGACAAAAAUUAUGGUCCAGUGGUAUAGUUGGUCCUUCCUUCUUUUCAGCAAUACUCUACAUGGAUGGAGAUAAGCCUACUCUGGCUGUUAUAAGGACAACAGGUUCUUUUAUCGGUGAAUACAUGGAAUAUAGAUACCAUGAUGGUAUUAAAUGGAAAAAUUGUAACGAAGGUUGUCAUAUAAAUAGACUAGAGAAGCUGAAGAAGCAGUAUAAAUAUGCAACACCUUCUACUCUAGACCUUUCUAACCCGGAUACCUCCAAGUUCGAUGUGCAUACAGAAACGGAAUCUGGAGCAUCCUUCAAGUCUUAUACUCCAAGGGAUGCCUUUCAUAUCUCCUCUGUUAUGGAUGCCGGAGCUACUGUCUGGAAAUCUUCUGGAGAUGAAAAGUGCGUAUUUGUAGAAUCUUAUGCUAAGGGUGGUGUAGAACUUCUUUACCUGGAAACUUCCGGUGGUACUAUGUCUAAGUACUUUGAGAAAGUAGAUGGACAGUGGAGGGAUAUUACAGAAGAGGGUUUUAAUGAGAAGGCAAAGACAAUGAUCGGAGAAUCGGGAAGGGAUGGUACUUUAAAUAUCUCUCAUCCAAGUAGACUACUAUGCAAAUCCUUUGACUAUACUUUUGCUGCUAACGCGGUAAGAUUAGUGGUUCCCAAGAAGGGCGUUAGUGUUACAAAGCUAAUGAAUGAUACUGAAGAGGUUUAUACCCUUUCAUCCGGUGAGACAUUACAAUAUGUAGAUGCAUAUCUCAACAAGGAUGGUAAUCCUGAACUUGUGUUGGUUACUCUCAGAACAUCUUCUGGCUUAUCACGAAGAGAUUAUGUAAAGAGUGAAGGUAAAUGGGAACCUUGCAGUAACAGUGGUGCCAAGAUUAAGAACUUAGUGGUUAUUUCUAACUGGGAAUCGGACUUUGGACUUGAUGUUUCAACUACUGAUACUAAAGAAUGCAGUGUCUUUGAGGCAAAAUUACUGGGAGUCACUACCAAGCACUUUUACCCUAAACCUGGCCAUGUCGCUAUCCAAGUAAAGGACGGUAAUAAGGAACUAUGGACCGGUGGAGCCAAUGAUCGUUGUCUUUCUUGCCUUAUUUAUAAACAUGGUGAUAAGGAGUUACUGGAGAUGGUUGUGGUGAAGAAUUCAGUAGUAAAAAAGUACUUUGAGAAAGCUGAUGGCAAGUGGGUUGAGAUAAAGAAGGAGGACUUUUUAACUAAGCUAAACGAUAUGAAUGAGGAAACCAAACAAGAGCCUGAACCCAGUGAUCAAGGAGCUCAGAGUGAAGAGAUCGACCAACAAGAAUCUUAUGAUACGCAGACAAGUUCUCCAUCUGUAAACAUCCCUGAAGAUCAAGACCCUAUGACCGAUAAUUCUGAAGGUAAUGAUACCGUAGAUGCAGAUUCUGCUAAAACCACUGAUAAUACUGUGAAAGAAGCCUCGGAAGGGGAGGUUGAAUCGAAGGAGAGGGAUAUAGACGGUACACUGUGUUGGAGCUCCAUUUGA